AUGCCAGCUAUUGAACAAGUUAUUACGUCUUUCUUAGAUACAGAUUUAUAUAAAUUAACGAUGCAUGCUGCAGUUUAUACAAAUUUCCCAGAUGCUGAAGUAGUUUAUAAAUACACCAAUAGAUCAUUUCAAUUAAAAUUUAACAGAGAAGCUAUCGAUUGGUUGCAAUUUCAAUUCAAAUCUUUAUCAACUUUAAAGUGUACCGAGGAAGAAUUAGCUUAUUUGUCCAAGGAAAUCCCAUAUUUACCUCAAAAAUAUUUAAAAUAUCUUGAAACUUUCCAUUUAACACCAGACAAACAAAUGAGCUUUAAUUAUCAUCAAGUGGAAGGCAAACCUCCCGGUCACUAUGAUUUAGAAAUUUUAAUCAAAGGUACCUGGAAAGAUACUAUCUUGUACGAGAUACCAGUAUUGAGUUUGGUUUCUGAAGCAUAUUUUCUUUUCGUUGAUGCUGAUUGGAAUUUAGAUGGACAAUUAGAAAAGAGUUAUGCCAAAACUUUGGAAUUGUUUAAUCAUAAUGUUGUUUUUAGUGAAUUUGGUACCAGACGUCGUAGGUCUUUUGAAACUCAUGACAUUGUUAUGCAAGGAAUAAUGAAGGCUGUUAAGGAAAUUCCUGAAAAGGGUUCUAACUUUUUGGGUACAUCAAAUGUUUUACUUGCCAAGAAAUAUGACGUCAAACCUAUUGGGACUGUUGCUCAUGAAUGGAUGAUGGGUAUUGCCGCUAUAACUGAUGAUUAUACCAAUGCUAACAAAAUGGCUAUGGACUCUUGGAUUAGCACAUUUGGGCCUAAAAAUGUUGGAUUGGCCUUAACUGAUACAUUUGGUACAGAUGCAUUUUUAAAAGUUUUUGUACCACCUUAUUCGGAUUACUAUAUUGGUGUUAGACAGGAUUCUGGAGAUCCAAUUAAAUAUACCGAAAAAAUUGCUCAUCAUUAUAUUGAUGUUUUGAAAUAUCCUAAAUUCUCUAAAACUAUUUGUUAUUCAGAUUCUUUAAACCCAAUUAAAGCAAUGGAAUACGCUAAAGUUGCUAAAGAGCAUGGCAUGAAAUCAACCUUUGGGAUUGGUACGAAUUUCACAAAUGAUUUCCAAAGGAAAUCAAACCUUCAAGUUAAAAGCGAGCCUUUAAAUAUUGUGAUUAAAUUAUUGGAAGUAAAUGGUAAUCAUGCCAUUAAAAUUAGUGAUAAUUUAGGUAAAAAUAUGGGUGAUCCAGAAACUGUGCGUAGAGUUAAGAAGGAAUUGGGUUACGUGGAACGUACCUGGGCGGGUGAUGAUGAAGCCCAUAGGUGGACAAAUGGUAGUAGCAAAUGA